AUUAACUGUAAACCACACAAAACGCCCACACAAAAUUACAGUUCCUUAUGAACACUAUAAAAUGAACCUGGUCAUACUGUCAAUGCCUCUUCAGUAGAAGGUACAACAUGCACAUUAUCAGCAUGCUUCUCUUACCGGUGCUGUUCCUGCUCUCUGGUGUCCUCCGCGGUGUGUUAGCGGUGGAAUCCGUUCCCACCUAUGAGUACCGAGACCCGUUCACCGGGGAAUCCUUAAUCUGUGACAAGUGUCCACCCGGCACGCACAUGGCAGCGCACUGCACUGCCACCACGCCCACCAAGUGCGCGCCUUGCAUAGCAGACCACUUCACCGAGUUGUGGAACUACCUGCCGAGGUGCCUGUACUGCAGCAACUUCUGCAAUGGGAACCAGGAGGUGGAGAAGGAGUGCUCAACGGUCAGCAACAGGGUCUGUCGGUGCAAAGAGGGCUUCUACAUGAUCGAUGACUUCUGUGUGAGACACUCAGAGUGCGGGCCCGGAAGCGGUGUUCAAAUCAAGGGUACGUCACAAAGGGACACUGUUUGUGAACAAUGUUCCGAGGGCUACUUCUCCAGCUCAUCUUCUGCGCUGGAUUCGUGCGUAAAUCACCAGAAAUGCGCAAGCGGGCAGUCUGUGCUCCUCCCCGGCUCAAUUUACCAAGACGCGGUGUGUGGCACCUGCGAGGAUCUUGCAGAUGGAGGUGAGACGAAGAGGGCACUCCUCUCAGGAUUCUUCACUAUGCACAGGAUGCGCGUGGCAAAAAUGAGGAAAUUUGUCACCAGGUACAUUCAUAAGCCAAGAGAUAAGAGGUGCAUCGGCGGGACUGUCCCCAGACAGAGAGGUCCUCUCCUGGAUCAAAUCAGAGCGUGGCUGGCCCAGGCUCCAACGAUUGAGCUGAUCAAACUGCCACAGAUGUUGAGGGCCACACAGCUCAGCUCCAUGGCAGAAAAACUAGAGAAGAGACUACAUGAGAUUGAGCAGCAGAACCCAAACUGUACCUUAACACGCUGAUGUACUCUAAAACACUGACAGAGUCCAUGGUACAUACAGCAUAACAAAUACCUCUUUUUCUUAUUUGGCGUUUUUGCCAAGGUAUUAUAACAUAUUUUCCAUUUGCCUGUUAAUUGAGAAUACAUGCAUUUCCUUUAAGGUUGACUUAGUGAUGUUUCAUAGAAAUAUUGUCAUCUUUUGCUACUGCUUAGAAGCAGUGACAUGUGGUGACAGAUGAGAGACACGUGAGCAGCAUUUCAGAUAGUGAUGAUGGCCAAUUUCCCCUGAGCUGGGUUACAUCAAUUACCUAAAUGUACAGAUCAAUCUGGAUAGUAAAUGAAGGCUGCGAUGAACAAGAUGUUGAAAAAUACUUAAACUGCCCAUAUAUUGCCGUCAGUGUUGUUGUGUGUGUGUGUGUCAGACUAUUUUUCUAUUAUACUACUUUUCUUUGGGAGAAACUUCACAAGUAAACUGUGGCAUUACUUAAGUGUUACAUAAGCAGUGCAUAUCGUAUAAACCUCUUUUUGAUACGAAAGUGAGCUGUAACUAAAAUGAAUGUUAUCAUAGAAAUGAAUGAAGUUCAUGUAAAGUACAUGUUGUAAUGUUUCUAACGAUCACAAGAAAACCUGCUGUGGCGACCUGCAGAGUAAUUGAGCCUGGCUGUAAUUUAAACAAAUCACCACAAGGUGUCACCCUCUUCCCUCUUUAACUCUUGCAGACUAAAACAUUUUAACAUUUACUGAUAUUUUUUUUUACAAACCGUAGACUGACAGUGAAGUGAAUGAUUGGAAUAUUUUUUUUAUUCAUUUAUAAAUUCGAAUAUUUUUCCACAAUUUACAAUCAAAAACAUGUUUGCCUUUCUUCAAAAUAGCCUAUUCACUUAGUAUGGGCUAUUACGACCACAUCAAGCGAAAUGUUUUAGUAACCUGAAAGAAUUCGGCUAUUUUGAUUUUUCUCAAUAAAAGCAUUUUAAAAUAGUAGACGAGAUUUAAAAAGUUGUGAAAUAUGUGUUUAUUUUGAAUGUCCAUGAUCCCAAAUAAAUCCACGGCCAGACAUGACCUCAGUGUAAUAAGA